GGGCCCACCACAUAGUCUAAUCGAAUUUCUAGUGGUUUUAAAUCAUGGGAAGAAGAGGAAAACUUGCAGCGGCGGGGGCUCUGACGAAGAGCUCGGGUGGCCGGAGGAGGCAAUCGGGGCCGUCAAUCAUAUGCAACUGCGCUCCCAUCGUGCGCCGCCGUGUUGCGGGCCGUCCGAUAGAUGAGGCGCCGGUGUCUGCGGGCAACACGGCCAGCUUGUAUCUGAGGCUCGGACUGGCCCUUUUCUCCUCCGCCUCCUUUCUCUUUAUGUCCGUCUGCGUCGAGUUCUACAGCCAGGCCGCCGCCUUCUGAUUUUGGUUGCUAGAAAUCAUCGUGCAAGAAGGAGAUGUCUGAGGCUGUCGUCUCUAAGCUCCUUGAUGGCCUGAUCGCUUUGGUGAAGGACGAGGUGGCCCUGCUCUGGGGUGUGAAAGGGGAGAUCAAACGGCUCCAAAAAAGUCUCGAAAGAAUAAACGCCGUCCUCGCUGAUGCUGAAAAUAAAAGGAUUCAAAGCAAAGAGAUAGAUGACUGGCUCAAGGACAUGAAGGACGUCAUGUAUGAUGCUGAAGACAUCCUCGACGAAUGCCAGAUCGAGGCCGAGAAAUCUAAAGCUGCAGUCUCCUCUGGAAGUCAACCUUGCUCUUGCCUCUUCUAUUGCCCUUGCUUUGGCAAGACGGUGUUUGCUCAUCAAAUUGGCAGGAGAAUCAAAGGCCUCAAUCAUAGGCUGGACGACAUCUUGAAAGACAGUUCUAGAUUUAAUCUCCAGCUCUUUUCCGCCGGCCGCGGUGACCACCGAUCCACUUCUCGAUUUGGCAGGCAGACAUCUCCCGUAGCUGAGCCUGAUAUCGUAGGGUCCAAUAUCCAGAAGGAUACCAACAAACUCGUGGAGUUGUUGAUUAAGGAGGAUAGUCGGGAAAACAUUCUUGUACAUGCCUUCGUAGGAACUGGGGGAAUUGGCAAGACCACUCUUGCUCAGAAGAUUUUUAACGACGAAAGGAUAACAACCAAGUUCCCAGUGAUGCUCUGGAUCUGCGUGUCCAAAGAUUUUGAAGAGACCAGUCUAUUGAAAGAGAUCAUCAAUCAUGCGGAGGGCGAUCUAGGAGGCGCUUCUAGCAGAGCACAGCUCGAGCCCAAGGUUCGAAAUGCCGUCGCAAAUAAGAAAUUCUUGCUUGCCUUGGAUGACGUGUGGGACCCAAAAGUAUGGAAUGAUUUACUCCGAAACCCCUUGCAGAGUGCGGCAACUGGAAGUAGGGUCCUUGUGACCACAAGGAACCAAGGGGUUGCAUUGCAAAUGAAGGCUGUACAACCUCAUCAUCAAGUGGAUGUCUUGUCUACCGAAGAUGGUUGGGCGCUGCUGGGCAAAAAGGUGGUUUUGAGCGGGGAGGAGGGAGAGAUCGAAGAUUUAAGGGAUAUCGGAAAGGAGAUUGUUGAGAAAUGUGGUGGUCUCCCUCUUGCUAUUAAGACCAUUGGAGGAGUAUUAUCAACGAAGAGCAGGACCAAGACGGAGUGGGACAGAGUUCUUAGAACCCUUUCAAGCAAGCCUUGGUCUUCUUCGACCCACUUUCCCGAAGAGGUUCAACCAGCGCUAUGGUUGAGUUAUGAAGACCUGCCAUCUCAUCUUAAGCAGUGCUUUUUAUAUUGCUCGUUGUUCCCUGAGGAUUAUAUAUUCAAUCGUGUAGCUCUAAUUUAUUAUUGGAUCUCUGAAGGGUUCAUCCAUGAAGAUGAAGAAGGAGGUCUAACAUUGGAAGAGUUAGGUGAAGAAUAUUAUGGGGAACUUGUUCAGAGGAGUUUUUUGCAACCAAAUCCGUAUGGUUUUUCAAAUUGCACCGUGCAUGAUAUACUAUGGUCUCUUGCUCGAAAUUUAGCGGGAGAUGAGAAUUUGGUUGUGAAAGAUGGGGGUGAAGUCCCAAUUAAUUCAUCUUCAUUGAAGCCACGUCGCUUACUGAAGCCACGUCGCUUACGGGGUGGUGUUACAAAAGAAAACUGCCAAGCAUUUAUUGGUGCAUUGGAAGGGCACAAAUCUUUGAGGACUCUACUGCUACACUUGGCAGAAAUCCAAGAGAAUGAUCUCGACAAUCUGAUUAGGAAGACACCGCGUCUGAAAGUACUAGAGUUUCCAGACUGUCCGAUCAAAAAAUUGCCAGACUCCUUGGGAAAUCUCAUACAUCUACGUUAUCUUUAUCUGGGAGGUACUCACAUAAGUGAGGUGCCAGAGAGCAUAGGAAACCUUGUAAAUCUGCAGUUCUUGACCCUCUCGGGCACAGGUCAACGCAGCCUUCCUAAAUGUAUCGGAAAGUUGCAAAAGCUGCGGGGUCUUUGGCUUGUUGCAGCAGAAGUACUGGCGAAGCUUCCAUCACUAGGGAAGCUCCCAAACUUGAAUUGCUUCGACAUAGGAGGAGCACGUGCUAUCCAAAAGAUUGGGACUGAAUUUCUGGGUCAGGAACCUGAUUGUAGCAGUGAUCAAGGUGGCAGGAUGCAAAUUUUUCCGAAGUUAACAAAAUUGAGAUUUUCAAUGAUGCCCAAUUGGGAGGAAUGGGAAUGGGAGGUGAAGGAUGAUGACAGACUGAUAGCCGUACCAAAGUUAAAAGAGUUGACACUUACUCUUUGUCCAAAGUUGAGGUCUCUUCCUCCUGGCCUUGUUCACUAUGCCACUACCCUAACAAAGCUGCAGAUAAAAUAUUGCGAUAGUCUAAAAGAAAUCAGGGGCUUUUCCUCCGUCCAAGAAUUGGAAAUAUCUUGCAGUCGUAAUCUGGAGGUUGUUUCAGACCUUCCUAGCUUGAAAACAUUGAAGUUGAUAGAUCCUAAAAUGCGGGCCCUGCCAAAGUGGUUACAUGGAGGACAACCUGACUUCCCUGCUGUCAACAAGCUUGAGAUCAAGGCCACUGGCCAACUACUCUGCAGAUGCCUCAAGGAUGGCUUAGAUUGGCCCAAGAUUGAACAUAUCCCCUAUGUAUAUGCCAAAGAUCUUGAUGGAUCCGGAUUCAUCUCCAAGAGUCCCUCUGCAUUUAGCACCAACUUAAAUGAUUAUGUUGAAGAUGAUGAGUAGAGCACACAAGGUUCUCCCUUCGCAAUGAGCUUUUGCAGAUGGAUUUUAUGCAACGAAUUUGAGCAUCUUGGAGGAAGAUAUUAGUGCUCUAACUUUAUGAUAGGUGGCAUGUACUAAAUGGUUGUUUCACCCAAAUACUGCUUUUAUAAGACCAAAUAAGUUGGAAUUCUGUAUGUUGGUUAUGAACUUAUGGGAUGAUACUAUGAAUAUGAUGGUAUUUUUAUUAAAUAUUCUAAUUAUUUGA